UGGCCACACUGCUAAACAAAGACCGAAACGUGAUUUUAUAGUUCAAUAAUUUGUAAUAAAAUUAGCUGUUUUUGACUACUAAUAUGGAGAUGCUGCAAGGAGCGUCGCUGCUGUCGCGGCCAGCUGAUGAAUUUGGUAAUGAUUCCCUGGUGGAGGAAAUGUGGGCCUCCAAAGCUCUAGAACAUGCCGAGGUUCACUUCAAUCUUAUUACCAGCAUACAUCCCUCCCAGCUGAAACUCACGCCCUACGACGAACAGAUAUAUAGCACCUUCCGGCAGGAUUUCCCCGAUCUACAGGUGGGCCGGCUCACCGAUGACAUCCUCAAAUCCGCCACGGAGAAGCUCAAGUGGCGUCACUUUGCCGAAAAGUUCAACAAAAUGGAUGAUUAUUCGUAUGGGACACUGAUGCGCGCCGAUGCCAGCAAGGAAUUCUCCCCGGACAACUCGAUCUUCGUGUUUAGAGUCCAGUUUUUGGCCAUUGAGAUUGCCCGGAACCGGGAGGGAUUCAACGAUGAGGUGUACAGAAAACACAAGCCAGCCAGAAAGAUCCCCGAGGAAGGUCAAUAGUUUCUCGCCUUAGCAUAGAAUAAGAAGUUAAGACUAAAUGCAUUUUUAGAUGAUGUUCGUCUAGCAACUAAUGUAAACAAUCAAAUUCUUUUUAUAAAAAUAUAAAGUAUGAUUCUUAAAUUUUGCUUAAAAAAUUAUGACCUUCAGCUUAUUUUGAAAAUGUUAAUUAAAACGUGAUUAACGUUUGAAAUAAAUAAAGUUUGUCUUUUAAGACAACAAUAUUUGA